GAACGCGGGUGUACAGUCCGCCGGAGUGGAUCCGCUACCAUCGCUACCACGGCCGUUCGGCGACGAUCUGGUCCCUGGGCGUGCUGCUCUACGACAUGGUCUGCGGGGACGUCCCCUUCGAGCAGGACGAGGACAUCAUCCGGGGUCAGCUCUUCUUCCGGCGGCGGGUAUCUCUAGAGUGCCAGCAUCUCAUCAGGUGGUGUUUGUCCAUGCGCCCCUCGGACAGGCCGUCUUUGGAAGACAUUUUCAACCAUUCUUGGCUGCAAAGCAUUCACCUGCCCCAGGAGACGGCAGAGAUCCACCUGCACAGUUUGAUCCAGGAGCCUGGCAAGUAA